AUGGCUUCUGUGCAUGUUCCAACAUUAGCUCCAUCCUCGAAGGAGACGGCUAAUUAUGCAAGAUUAUGUCGCCUUUUAGUAGAUGGAGGCACCAAGGCGUUGAGGUACACCUUUGACAAGUUCCACUCCCCAGCAAACCUGUUUAAUAUUUUGAAAGCUGGUUCUGCAGAACAUUCAACUCUGCAGUCCAUUAGAAAAAGGAAAAUCAUCAAUGCCACACAGUGGGGCAAAUUGUUUCCCUCUCCUCCUUCGUCUGUAACAUCAGAAGACUUUGACAUUACGCUACUGGUGGUGCUUCUGAGGAAUAUAUGUGGUCUGCCUGCUCCUGCCACAGGCUGGGACAGUUUGCCACCUGCUUCAGACAUGAGUGUUGAGGCUAACAUAGCCAGAGUGAAGCACUAUAGGAACGCUGUCUAUGGGCAUGCCAGCCAGGCGUCUGUGGACGAUCCAAAAUUUAAUUCCUUGUGGCAGGAUGUAAGUGCCACACUGGUCGCACUGGGUGUAGAUGCAGCUGCCAUCGCAAAACUAAAAACUGAGCCUAUUGUUCCAGACAAGGAGACGCAUUACCGAGAGCGGUUAAAGGAAUGGAAGAAAGACGAAGAUAACAUUAAGGACCAACUUAACAGAAUGGAAGGUAUCUUAACUAGUGUCUUGGGUAAAUAA